AUGGCCGAGAGAUUGGGGACAAUGCUGAUGGAUUUCUGGACUCGCUUGAUGCUGGCAUGGAUUAGCGUGCUUCCCUUAGUGCAGCCAAUCACAAUGGACCCUCCACAGAGUUUGCAGGACGGAAGUAUCUUGGCAUUGAAUGGGCUGAAUGGUGACCCUAGCGCUUUCAACCGUGCCAAGAGAGGCUGGGUCUGGAAUCAAAUGUUCGUGCUGGAAGAGUUUUCUGGUCCCGAGCCUAUCCUCGUUGGCCGGUUGCAUACGGAUCUCGACCUAGCAAAUAGAAAUGUGAAGUACAUCCUGUCGGGCGAAGGUGCUGGGACAAUCUUCAUGAUCAAUGACAAGACAGGAGACAUUCAUGCCAUGAAGAGACUUGACCGUGAGGAGAAGGCCGAGUACACGCUGACUGCACAGGCCAUUGACCGGGACACCGACAAACCUCUAGAGCCGCCAUCUGAGUUCACCAUCAAGGUUCAAGACAUCAACGACAAUGCCCCUGAAUUUCCAGAUGAACCUUACCACGUGACAGUGCCAGAGAUGUCCUCUGUGGGCACAUCAGUCAUGGGGAUAACCGCGACAGAUGCUGAUGAUCCAGUUUAUGGGAACAGCGCAAAAUUAGUGUACAGCAUCCUGGAAGGGCAGCCAUAUUUUUCCAUCGAGCCACACACUGGAAUUAUAAGGACUGCCCUUCCGAACAUGGAUCGGGAAGCACGAGAAGAAUAUCUGGUGGUGAUACAAGCAAAAGAUAUGGGAGGCCACAUGGGAGGUCUCUCUGGAACGACAACUGUAACAGUCACAUUGACUGAUGUUAAUGACAACCCGCCCAAGUUUACACAAAGUAAGUGUCAUCCAUCACGGCCAAAAACUGAUACAAUUGGUGAUUAUUGUGGAGGACAAAUGCUCACAGACUCUACUAGCUCUGGUGAACUUGCUGCAGAUGUACUAAUCCUGCAUACCUUCCAUCUAUCAGCAUUACCUUCAUUUGUUCUCCUGCUGUUUGAAAUCAUUAGUGAAAAUCAUUCAUCUCUGUCACUUGCACAGCCCCUGGACUUCGAGACCAAGAGAUCCUAUACCUUGAAAGUCGAGGCCGGUAAUGCACAUAUUGAUCCUCGCUUCAUCAGCAAGGGCCCCUUCAAAGACACAGCAGCUGUGAAGAUCACAGUGGAGGAUGCUGAUGAGCCACCUGUGUUCUCAUUGCCUGCCUAUUUCCUGGAAGUGAGAGAGAGCGUGAACGUGGGUUCUGACAUUGGACAAAUAAUGGCCCGUGACCCUGAUAUUGUCAUCAGCCCUAUCAGGUAUUCAAUAGACCGGCACACUGACCUUGAAAGGUUGUUCAACAUUAAUGCUGAUGAUGGGAAAAUAACCCUGGCCAAACCUCUGGACAGAGAAACCGAAGUUUGGCAUAACAUCACCGUUAUCGCCACAGAAACCAGGAAUCAUAGCCAAGUAUCCCGUGUGCCAGUGGCUAUUAAGGUGCUUGACGUUAAUGACAAUGCUCCAGAACUUGCCUCUCAAACUGAAGCAUACUUGUGUGAAAAUGGAAAGUCUGGACAGGUCAUUCAAACAGUCAGUGCCACAGAUAAGGAUGACCCAAAGGCUGGACAGUAUUUCUUCUACAACCUGGCCCCAGAGAUUUCCAGGAAUCCCAACUUCACAAUCAAGAAUAAUGCAGAUAACUCGGUCAGUAUCUUGGCCAGACACAGUGGAUUCAGCAGGCAGAAACAAGACAUUUACUUCCUGCCCAUCAUAAUCUCGGACAGUGGGAACCCCCCCAUGAGCAGCACCAACACACUCACCAUUCGGGUCUGUGGUUGCAGCACUGAUGGAACCGUACAGUCCUGCAACGUGGAAGCUUUUGUUCUGCCCAUCGGGUUAAGCAUGGGAGCUUUAAUAGCUAUCUUAGCCUGCAUUAUCCUCCUCUUAGUUAUUGUGGUACUCUUUGUAACUUUAAGAAGGCACAAAAAUGAGCCACUUAUUAUCAAGGAUGACGAAGAUGUGAGAGAAAACAUCAUUCGCUAUGAUGAUGAAGGCGGUGGAGAAGAGGACACAGAAGCAUUUGAUAUCGCCACUUUACAAAACCCUGAUGGUUUCAAUGGAUUCCUGCCACGGAAAGAUAUCAAACCUGACCUGCAGUAUGUACCCAGGCAAAGCCUUCCUCCUGUCCUGAAUGGAGUUGAUGUGGAUGAGUUUAUUAAUGUAAGGCUUCACGAUGCCGACAUCGAUCCCACUGCCCCUCCCUAUGAUUCCAUCCAGAUCUAUGGAUAUGAAGGAAGAGGAUCAACAGCUGGCUCACUGAGCUCACUAGAAACAACAUCAACAGAUUCAGAGCAGAACUUUGACUACCUCAAGGAAUGGGGCCCACGUUUUAAAAAACUCGGGGAUAUGUACGCAGUUGGGGAAACUGACAGAGAAACUUGA